UAACUCGGCUGCAAAAUGGCUCGUGGGCCCAAGAAGCAUCUCAAGCGUUUACAUGCUCCGAAAGCAUGGAUGUUGGACAAGUUGGGUGGUGUUUUUGCACCACGACCAUCAACUGGUCCCCACAAGCUCCGAGAAUGUCUUCCUCUGGUUAUUUUCCUACGUAACAGAUUGAAGUAUGCUUUAACAAACUCAGAAGUUACAAAAAUCGUCAUGCAGCGUUUGAUUAAAAUCGAUAGCAAAGUUCGAACUGACAUUAAUUAUCCAGCUGGUUUCAUGGAUGUCAUCACCAUCGAAAAGACUGGUGAAUACUUCAGAUUGAUCUACGACGUAAAGGGACGUUUUGCUGUCCACAGAAUCACUGCUGAAGAAGCUAAAUACAAAUUAUGUAAAGUACGCAAAGUACAAACUGGACCAAAGGGUAUUCCUUUCAUAGUAACACACGACGGUCGUACUAUCCGUUACCCAGAUCCAGUUAUCAAGGUUAACGACACAAUCCAGUUGGAAAUUGCUACAAGUAAAAUUCUCGACUCAAUUCGUUUUGAACCUGGUAAUCUCUGCAUGAUCACUGGAGGUAGAAAUUUGGGACGUGUUGGUACGGUUGUAAAUCGUGAACGUCAUCCUGGAUCAUUUGAUAUCUGUCACAUCAAAGAUUCUCAAGGACACACUUUUGCUACACGAUUGAACAACGUCUUUAUAAUUGGCAAAGGUGCUAAGCCGUACGUGAGUUUACCCAGAGGCAAGGGAAUCAAGCUUUCUAUCGCCGAAGAACGUGAUAAGAGACUCGCCGCUAAAGGCCUUAAUUAA